UGACGAAGCUGCACAUCUCAAUAAGAGUCACACAUCUGCUCAUCCCUGUCUGUCACACAGGGAGCUUGUUAUGAUCACCUGAGCCUGUUUUAUAAACAGACGGACUUCUGACUUCAGACCUCGGCUACUAUUACAAACAACGAAACUCGACCUCACCUUCGGUAAACUCAGCGGAGGUCCGAAUAAAGCGGCGGGAUAAGGGCAUUUGUCUCCGUUACAUAAGUUUGAGCCACUGCUGAAAAAUUAUUCUCAUCCAGAGGAGUGGAAACCCAAAACCUGAGCUAUGGGGGAUUAUUACGAGAUCCUGGGUGUGACGAGAAAUGCAUCCCAUGACGAUAUAAAGAAAGCGUACAGAAAAAAAGCACUGAAGUGGCACCCAGACAAGAACCCGAACAACCAUGAACAGGCAGACAAAAUGUUCAAAGAGAUCUCGGAGGCAUAUGAAGUCCUCUCAGAUGAAAAUAAACGGCGACAGUAUGAUAAAUAUGGUAAAGAAGGCCUAUCUUCUAGAGGAGGCCAUUAUGAUGAGGAUUUCAUGGGUGGAUUCACAUUCCGAAAUCCAGAUGAUGUCUUCAGGGAAUUCUUUGGAGGCCGAGAUCCAUUUGCAGAUUUCUUUGCUGAUGACCCCUUUGAAGAUUUCUUUGGUGGGCGGCGUCACAGGGGUGUUAGCAGGAGCAGGACGACAGGUCCAUUCUUUCCUGGGUUUUCUCCAUUUGCUUCCCCCUUUUCUGGUUUUGAUGCAGGUUUCACCCCGUUUGGCCCAAUGGGUGGGGGUGGCUUCACCUCAUUUUCCUCCUCCUCAUUUGGGGGUGGUGGGGGUGGAGGAAUGGGAAACUUCCGCUCCGUCUCUACAUCCACCAAAUUCAUCAAUGGAAAGAGGAUCACCACCAAACGUAUUGUAGAGAACGGUCAAGAGAGAGUGGAGGUAGAGGAGGACGGUCAGCUCAAAUCUCUAACAGUCAAUGGUAUUUCUGCUGACAAUGCAUUGGAGGACAGCCGCAGACAGAAUGCCCUCACUGGUUCUGCCCCGCACAACCGUUACCUUCGAAAUGUGGCCCAGAACCCUUCAGAGGAGGAGGAGGAGGAAGACAGAGGCCUGCAGAAUCUGGGACUUGCCAGAGGGAUUUUUGACACCAGGAGAAAGAAACUAUUGCUGAAGGAAUCAGACACCAAAAAGAAGCGGAUGCCAAGAAUGACUCCUCGGAUUGGAGUGUGGUUCUAACAGUAUUUUGCAGUAUAUAUAUAUAUAUUACUGUUCAUUUUCUAAAAAUGGAGGAGUUAUAUAAAGAAAUGCAUAUUAGGUAGUCACACAUGCACAGAAUUAUUCUUUUUAAAUAGAGUACAUAGAAAGUUUAUUUUUCAAUGUUCUGCUUUGACAUGUUGCAUUCAUCUAGGGUUGUCAUAAUCAUAUGUCCCACUAAAAAGUUGCAGUCGCAUCAGCUCAUUGUAACUAUUGUUUCUCCAUUCAAUUGUUAUUUUUUUUACUGUUUUUACUGGAUAUAGGAUAAAGUUAAAAACAAUCUGCAUUAACCAACCCUAUCUAGUGAUCCAUCACCAUGCAUGUAAUGCAACUGCUCUUUCAUUAUCUAGGUUUAAUGUGUAAAAAGCAAUCACACUCUCUUUUGUACUUACUUUAUUCAUGGUUUUAAGGAUAUUGUAGGACAUUCCCCUGCAUUGCUGUGUUACUGAAACCCCCCUAAACAUAUCACUCAUAGGAUAAUUAAACCCAGCUGAAAUACAUUUAUUCAUGUUUUAAAACACUAAACAGAGGUCUUCAUUAGUUUGUAAAAUUAUGUUUAGAUGACUCACAUGUCUGUUUUCAGCACUUUGAUACAGUUUUAAUGAAGAUAAUAAUUAAUUCUAAACAUAAAAGUGAGGCAUUUUUAAGUUUGUGUGUUUGCCCCACAUUUGGUGCUUUAUAUAUUUUGUAUUAAACGAUGGAGCACAAACUCAGGAUUGACAUGAUAUGUAAAAGAUGCUUAAAAGCAUAACUGUAGAGGUGAGAAGGAGACAGGUUGAUGUGGGAAAAUAGAACUGGUCGGACUAGUGCUCCAAGAAUGGAAAGAGAGAAAGACAAGGGAGAAAAAGAAGGGGAAAAGGUUUUUAAAUUAUUCAUUCUCCAAUGUGAAAGAACACGUUUUCACCAGUCUGCCUUUUGAUCCAGUCUUAAGCACUGUAUCAAUAUUUCAGAGAAAACUGCUGAUAUGCUAUGUCCUUUCAGAACUGACAGCAUGGCUUUAAUUUACCCCGACUACUGCAUGUGUGCUUUUCGUUUAGUUUUUGAUAAGAAACAGAGACCCAAAUCUAUGGAAAAUCAUAGUUCCUAUAUUAAAAAGGGAAAUAGAAAUUAAUAGAUACAAAGACACAUCUUUUAGUAAUACACAUUAAAAAAGUUUGUUAGUUAUAGUCAGUUUUUGCUGAUGCUUUAUCAAUAUGUAUUAAUUCUUAAUAAAAAUGUAUGCUGUUAAUUGGUAGUGGUGUGAACUGAGGCAGUUUUAAUAAAGCACUGUUCUUUUCAAAGCCAUGAAUGUCUGUUUAUGCUGCACAGCAAUAACUGAUAAACUGUGUUAUUGGGGAAAAACACAAUAAAUUUGAACUAUACUAGAAAA